CUCCAAUGAUCAAAUCGACUGCACAGCCAUGGAUAUCGGACUUUGGGGAUUCGCGGGCGCGAUUUGAGAUUGAUGGUUGUAAGCAUCUUGAAGAGUCCUGAUAAGAUGCUCUCCCGCCGUGUCCGGAUGUUGACCCGCGUGAGACCGGCGGGUGCUCCAGUCUAUCAUCACGUGAAGACAUGUAUACCCGUUCGGGGCGUCAGGACCUCCCCCAGGGCUUGGUUCAAGCCAAGAACCGACGGGGAAGGCCGGUUUUUCAAAGCCAUCAUGGACGUUGGUCCCCGGCAAGCGACCAUCGAGACGGACGUUCCAGCUAUAACCAGCAAGGGACAGGUCUUGGAGGCUAUACGUGAACACUUCCGUAUGUCAUUGCGCCACUGGGUGAAGUUCUCACAUAGACCUGCGCGCUUCUUCAACUUCGGCCAAGCAAUCGUCAUCCUCGUAACUCCGAGCUUCGCAAAGUGGCUCGAGGACGACGUUUUGUUUAUCCCCAGGAUCCUUCAACUCAUAACUCAUCCUUGGAAAGACCCUUGGGCCCUCCACGUAGGGAAGAAAUCUCGAGGGGCCAAGCCGGUGCAAGGCCCAACUGGGCCGCCUUUUGAAAUCGACGUUGUUUGUGCGUGCGUUGAUGGACUCGCUCCAAACCCCAGCGGGAUAAGGCUCGGCCAAGGUCGAUAUUCAAGAGAAGGAAUCUCUCUUCUUCAUGGCCGGACAGGCCAGAUUAUUUCCGGGGUAUGGGAAGACGAGCCCACGACCACGGAGGAUAGCCCAAGCAUGCAAUCGAGCCUCACCUUUUCCAAGAGCCCAAUACCAGAUCUUCGGGAAGCGAAGGAGACGAGACAGACACCAUCCAAUGUUACCUUGCCUUUAGCCAAUACGCUAUUUACGAAUGGGAGACAUUCGACAUUACUUGUCUCAAGAUGGCAGGCCAUGCCAGAUGGACAGUUUAAGAAAAUACGGAGCAAAGAGAAGAGAAACCAGGUUAUCAACGUUUUUCACAGUCAUCUGGAAGGUGUCCCGUCGACCUAUGUGCCUGCAGUUCCCCUGACGCCAAUCCGCCGAAUUGUAAGUGGGCUGGGAAAUAUCAUUCGGCAACUCCACUUUGCUGAUGAUGGCCCUGGCCCUGCUUCCCGCGAAUUGGAACCAACUCUAGACGAAUAUAUGAAGGCAAUGAAGCUACCAAUUUCAAACAUUGGUGUCUGGGCCUUGAUUAUCCCAUUAGAAGCGCUUCCAGACUCACCACCCAAACCGCCCUUCGAUAUAUUGACUAACAAGGAGGACGUGCAAAGGUUCUGGCAGGAGAGGAUUGUUAACCCUAGGUUCAUUGGCUACUGGCUGGAUAAAGGGGCAACUUUCUGUCGUGUCGUCAGUGGAGGUGGAGGCUGGGGGGCUAAGCAGGGACUCUUGUCAUUAGACCCUCAAACGACAUAUAGAACUAUCAGUGAGGCACGGUUCGACUACACUGGUGGGUCGAUAGAAGAGCAUCAAGCUUCAGCACUAGGGGAUAUCGCGAAGCCAAACUCCUUCAUACAAUUCUUCGCCAUGGAGGGCAAGAAUGCGUCCCCAGUCAGACUGACUGAUCCACAACCAAGACGAUCUCCGAUGGAUGACCGGUAUCGACUGCACACGGUACUUGGCACAGUCCCAAGCACCGUCGACCAGACGCCGCAACGCCCAAGGAAAAGGCCAAAAAGUCCAAAAUAUGAAACUUUUAGAGCGAGAUGGUGGCGGAGAAGGAGACUGGGUCUUAAGACGGGGAGCCCGAAUUGGAAGGAUAAUGUUAUUUUCAGAUCUGGUCACUUCGGCGCAGUUUCGGAGUCCGGCCUCUAUCUCGAUUUUGCUAAGAAAUAUUCUAAAAAGGACGCCACAGUCUCGGAGCAGGAUAUCGUUGAGACGAAAAUCGACUUCCCUUAUUCAUAUGUAUGUAGGGAUCACCGGCUGGGCGAAGGAGAUAAGUUGAGGGAGAAGUUUGUGCCCCUGGGGGCUUCGAUGAAACAAAUUGGGCGCAGACUUGAGAGGAGUAAGAGGCGUGGAUUUAAGUCCUGAUAUGGAAAGACUAGGAAUGGCCCUGAUUUGGCAUGCUUGAGAACUAGCUAUUGGAAUAGGCAUUGUAUAGGCCAGCCUAAGCUGGCACAGCAAAUACUCGGUCUUGGAAAGGGUCCAAAGAAGGUAUCCGAGUUGUACAACUAUAAAUUUAUAUAUGUAAUAUAGCUUUGAGCUAUUUGAAGCCUAG